UGUUUCAGAUGGUGAGUUCAUGAAAUAUGUACUUGUUUUAGUUUCAUGUUUUCAUUUUAUAUUACAAGAGACAUCAAUUUGUGACAGCAUUUUCGUUUGAUCGACGUUGCUUUCAUCACCCAAAUUCCAUUGUUGAUCCAUUGGAUUUGUUACUCUUUGAGAUUCAUUACACGAUAUUAAAAUCAUAACUUUUUACGCUAAACGAAAAAAUUCCAAACAUUAGAAUUGACAGUGAUUCGACAUGUGUAUUAACACAUUAACAUUUGAUUAUUGUGUAUAAAAAGGAGUUUUCUCGCAUGAUUUCAAGUCAUUACAGUUAUUUCAUUUGAUCAUUACAUUUAAUACUUUGUUACCAACAGUUUCGUUAAAGAUGAAGUCAACUUUGUUUGUUGCUUUAAUUGCUCUUGCAAUCUCAAGCUCAUUUGCAGUUAAAAUCAAGGGCUCAUGUCCAAAAAUACGCCAACCCAAAGGUCCUCAUCGGCACUUCAAUGAAUUUGUAGGAGACUGGAAAGUUAUUGGUCGAAGUGAACAAACUGUCCCAGGAACUGUUUACAAUACUAUGGAGAUCAAUCACCUUUAUCCUGGAAAAGCUGCCGUCAUCGAGAAAGGUUCAACCCGAGACAAUGCCGUUAUGUCACUUUGGAACAAGUUUAUCGAAAUCAUUGUUGGUGAUUUCAAUGGAAAAUCAUAUGAUGAGCUUGUAUCAGAGGGUUAUGAACCCUACUUCAUCACCUUCGAAACUUCAGAUGGUCAACGAGGUAAAUUUUGGAUGCCUUAUUAUGACAAUCCUAAAUAUGAAGAAGCCGUCUUAGCAAGUUGUGUUAAAAUUGACGAUUCAACUGUUGAUGUCAAAGCCUGGUUUGUUUCAAAGACUAAAGCAGCUUCAGCUUCACAAGAAGUUAAGGAUCUUGUUAAAUCAUUGACUGGACAAGAAUUGAUUCAAAUCUGUCAAGGAGACUUCUGUUGAUUCGUGUUAUUAAGUUAUCGAUGCAAGAUGGAAUCCACAAUUGGAAUGGCUAUUGAGAAAAAAAUUACAUUUUAUAAAACUUGUGCUCAAUGCUAACGCUACGAACAGAUUGAAAGCUAUCCAGUAACAUAUUAUUACAUUGCAUUCAACACGAUUAAAGAUUUACUCUGUCUAUUUUUGUUCUCAUGAGUCUUUCAAGUUUCGUUUUAAAUACUGAUCAGCUCAUCUAAUCAUAAUUAACCAUCCAAAGAAAAUAAACCAUUUCUUCAUCACUCUUCUUACAGUAGAUGGCAUAAUAAAGUGAAAUCAAUACACUUGUGUCCAGAAAGCGGUUGACAGACGAUUAUUGCCAUAUUCAUAUGAUUCGGAAACUUUUUGACUAAUCCUGCAGUAAUUUUAGAGUCUUUCAUUGUUAUAAUUAAUCAAAUGAUGCGUUGAAUUACAGGUGCAACCAGUUCUUGUUUAAUAUUCUUAUUUAAGAAAAGUUACAAUCAACAGAUGACGAGUUAAAUUGUGGAUUCCAUCUUGCAUCGAUAUCUUAAUAACACGUAUCAACAGAAGUUUCCUUGACAGAUUUGAAUCAAUUCUUGUCCAGUCAAUGAUUUAACAAGAUCCUUAACUUCUUGUGAAGCUGAAGCUGCUUUAGUCUUUGAAACGAACCAGGC